GUCUGUCAGAAAUGCUGGCAACGCUGUUUUAGGUGUCGGCGUCUGCUUAAUUGUCGUCUGCCUUUUUCUCUGCCUUCAUGCCUACUUCCUCUGGUAUGUGCACGACAAGGAAACUCAAACUGGAGAUGAUUUGGCUGUUGGAGUUAAGACUGUUUCUAAGAGUGAUGGACUACAGCAACCGUUGACCUAUUUCGAUGAAACUUCACCAUCUAGUUUAGAAACGGUUGACGGCGGCUAUCCAACAAGAUCUUACAAGCAGACAGCUCCAUCUCCGAAGAGAGUAAGAAUCGCACCGACGAUGCAAGUGAACGACGGGCACGGUAAAGAACGCACCGUACCCACAAUUGUGGUACCUCAAGACGGAAAAGAUAAAUUUGCUUCAGGUUCGACUUCAGGUUCGGUUUCUAGUGCUGGUGCUGGCGGUGGUGUUGGUGGUGCUGGUGGUGCUGGUGCUGGUGCUGGUGCUGGUACCGGAGCUGGUUCGACAGCCAUGUCAACAGGCUAUCAGCAUUACCAUUAUCAACCAACACAAAUCAAGGGCCAUCCUAAAUCUUCUCCAAAAGAAGAACAUGUCGGCCGAGCAGUUAGCUCUGACUACGAGCCAGUCCAGAAUCUUCCAGAAGCCACUGCUACGGGUGGCAUGAGUACCGGUGGUGGUGUUAUGGCGGGUGGUGAAAGUGGUGCCAGUAUUAGGAGCGCAAGUAGUAGUGCUGGCGUCGCUACUGCGGGAGGAAGUGGUGUGGCUGUGGCCGCAGGUGGCGGUGGCACCAGUGUUAGCAGUAGUAGUGGUGGUGUUGGUGAUGGUGGAGUAUUUAUUAGCGGUGGUGGCGGUGGUAUAGCUGUUAGUGGAGAAGGAUCAGAAGUAUCAUCAACGCUUCAAUCGCAGCAGCAACAUCAUUAUCAACAACAGCAGCAACAACAACAACAACAACAGCAACAGCAGCAGUACUCGACCCAAAGCAGUUUCUCGUCUUCCUCUGCUGGUCAAGGUUCCGCUGAUCAGUCGAUGCACAGACAGUUCCAGGCACCUUCUUCUCAUGUGCCAGCCAGUGGAUAUGCUACAGCUCCUCGUUCGCUCCACCAGUAUCACCCGAGCGAGCCGAUAGCCGGCGGUAAUUUGACCUCGUCUUCUGGCGCCGUCAGCAGCAAUAAGUACGCGACUACCUCGAGACACCACACCACUGAUUCGUCUUUGGCUCGGAAUCAGCAAUACCAACAGCUGUUGCAGCAGCAGCAGCAGCAGCAGCAAGAGCAACAGCAACAACUGCAGCAACAGCAACAACAACAAUUUCAACAACGCCAGCAAGAACUGGUGCAAAAACAGCAACAGCAGUCGCAGCAGAAACACCAGCAAUUUCAGCAGCAAAUGCAGCUGCAACAGCAGCAACUGGAGCAACAACUUCGUCAGCAAAAACAACAACAGCAGCAACAAAUGUUACUCCAACAACAGCAGCAGCAAGAACUGAUGUUGCAACAGCAGCAAAAACAGCAACAGUUGCAACAAUCGCAACAAUUUCGAUCGGCCAUUGACGAAUCGAUGCGCUCGACUCCCACCCCUACUUUAGAGCGAACCCCUUUGCUUCAAGGUCAAGGUCAACUGGGCGGCGUUUCACCGAUUCAGAAACCGACCGGUUACAACGUAACGUCAUCGACCGUCGUGCGUUCGACGACCUCCAGCCAGCACGAAGACGACGAUUACGACGAAGCCGAUGGCAUUUCUACGAUGGGUACCUACCCGAGGCGUCAGUGGCUGCAGGACAUGGACAACCCACCUGAACCGGCACCACUCCAGUAUCCGUCGGCCAAGCGGCCCAUGACUUUUCAACCAACUAGUUCUUCGAAGGUUAGCAUUUACGACAAU